GUAGCUUUAUAAAAACCACAAGUCACAGUCUGAUCCUUCCAGUCUGUAGUUUUCCAGAGCGAAAGAGUCUUUCUGAGUUUGGAAAUCAAAAGGUAUGGCUUCUUCAUUCCUUGCUCUUUACUGCUUGUUAGUUGUAGAAAUGUGUAACUUAUGGGAUGACAUCCUGUGCAAAUUUACUUUCAGGUAUUAAAUACUUAUUUUCAACGAAAUGUGCUUAGGAACAAGGCUGUAGUCUGUUUAAAAAAGUUGUUUGCUUGCUGUAUUUUUUUCGGGGGGGGGGGAAUUGUGAAAAAGCAGCAACACUUCUAAAGCUGCCAAUGCAGGUUUAUUUUUUUAGUUUGUCUAAAACUAGCUCUUUUAGGACUGGCUUUUGUGUGGAUGUGUGUGACCAUGGAAAACUGAAUUAUUUUUAACCACAAAAGAGUGAGUUAAGAGGGGGGAAAUGUGACUUCCUUGUAUGGAAACUUUUUUUGAAAAACAUGCACCCUGUGGUUAUGACGUUGCUUAACUGUUUUAAUAACAGCCGAGUUGUCACUUCUUGCAAACAUUACCUAGGUAUGAAAUUAAAAUGUGAGCUCUCCUUCAAGAAAGAAGGCAGGGGAGCCAGUAAUUAGUCUCCUUCCUUUUUUAAAAUUGCAGACGGCUCCUCCUGAGGGUGUAUGUAUGAGUAAGAGCUGCAGAAUCUCACCCCUGGUCUGUUCAUACUUUCCACAACUGCUUUCAAAAGAGGGUGGGGCUGUUUCUUUCUGCUUGGUAGUUCUUUUGAGUCAAGGGACAAGUUUUUCAAGAUUUUGAUCCAUUCUGGGCAUGAGGGGAGAUUGCCUAUGGGACAUGAAAUGCCAAAAAUAGCUGUGUCCUUGUAAGAGUACUUUGAUAUACUUGAUCUGGUGUAUGCCUACUUUUGAGAAAGUGGCAUUAAACAUCAUAUGAUUUAUUUCUUAGUAAACAUGUUGGAAUGUUGCAAAAGAAGCUCUUUGAAAUAUACUUAGGCCUUUGCAUCAGGUUACAUUUUUGUAGACACAGGAUUAUUCCUCUUGUUAUGCAAGUAUUGCAUGUGAACUCUGGUUUUUUGCAAUGAUCCCCAAAACAUGGCUUUGGAACUCUUGGUUUUAUACAUCUAACUAGCUGGAUUUGUGUGCCAACCCUGUACUGAGGGCAGCUGUCUUGCAUAAACUGCAAAGCAUCUAGAGCAACUUCUAGGCUAGCUGGUGGCACAGGAGGCAUCCAGACAUGCAGAGCAUUGCAUUAGUUUUCCUGAUUGCUAGCACUUCUGUUCUAUUUUCUAACAUUCCUUUCACAUGGCAGUACUAUGGAGCCAUGGCUAUUGACUGAUAUACCAGCAUGUUGAGCUAAAUUUCACCAGUGAUUCCCGUCUGAUUCACUCAUGAAAAUAGCAGGAAAGACCUAUAUACUGGUGGUACAUUGUCUAGCCCCAUUUUAUUCUCACAAUUUUCUGGGUUAAUGGGCUUGCAAAUGGAUUAACAUGGAAAUGAGUGCUGAGCUUCCACCGUAUUCCACUAGAUUUCCAGAAGUGGCCUUUACUGUAUGUGUUCUGCAGGGGUGGCAACUUGAAUAAAAUAUUGGGGGUGCCUAGCAAGAUGUGACACAUGCACACCAUUUGAAUGGCAAUGCUCAUUAACUUUAUAUAUAUUUUUGUUUUCAGUUUUCAAAAGUUUACAGGUACACACCUUGCAAACACAUACAUCCAGUACAAUUAUAUAUUUGACUUCCCUCUCCCACUUUUGUGGUUUCUUUUCUAAUUUAAAAUUUUAACACUGCAUUUUCCACUUUACUCCAUUUUUGAGUUAUUCUUCCUUUUCUCUUAAUGAUAAUUUUAACUACUUGAUUUAAGUUAACCCUACUAAUGAACUUACUUGCAUGCCAGAAUUUUUCAGAUGUUCCCCACUUUUUAAUAUUUUGUUUUCCUCUUGGUUUCUUAUUACACCCACCCAUUUUGCCAUUUUGGCAUAGUCCAUCAAUUGAGUUAGCCACUCUUCUUUGUUUGGUACAGGGCAAUGCCCAUUAACUUUGUGGGGGGCGGCCCCCCUCAAAUAUUUUAUGGGGGGGCAAAAGGACCUCGGCCCCAAGGAGUUGACUCCUGUGGUCUUCUGGAACAUAACAUGGAGAUUAACACUUAGGGGACUGGGGAAAUGGAAUAAACUGUCGUGUGAAAACCACCACAAAGAUGAGAUAUAAAAGGUUAUUGGGUGGUACCUUCCUGGCCAGUCCCUGGAUACAUCCUACUUACUUCCUGCAAACUUUGCAUCACUGGAAAGCCCUCCAAGUAGGCCACUGGUGACAAACUUUCUAGCUGUCCUAUUUUUGGAAUUCAAUGGGAAAUUAGUCUUUCACAAAGUACCAAAAUAAAUAACACUAAAAGAAGGACUUUGCUGAAAUAAUAUCUGAAUGGAAUUGUGAUUGAACCAAGAAGAUUAAAAGCAUUGAAUCUUGAUUUCUUAACCUCUCAAAUCUUAUCUCAGCCCAACUUGGUGGUUCUGAGUCUGAGUUCCUCCUCUGUUGCAUGAAGCUGAGGAUUGUUUUACCACCCUAUUACUGCCUCCCCAACCUCUAGUGAUAUGGUGUGUGUGUGUGAGAAAUAAGAAUAUACUAUGGGUUGUAUCUGAUCAAAUCAUGCCAGGACUAUACCUAAUUAAACCAAUGGACUAAUUAAACCAAUGGACUAAUGGUGGUUAUAACUAACUUUUGCCCAUUGAUUUCAAUGGGCCUUCUCUGAAUAUGCCUUGUUUGUGUCCCUAAUGAAGAUCCAGCUUGGGGAUGGCCUUCUGGCGGCCCAUGGGUCUCUUUUAGUGAACCCCUGGUUUCCUUCUGCCUCUCUCGCUUCAUCUUAGAAGUGGUGUGUGACUCAUAUGCUAUGUUUGGGCUGGGCACUUCCUCUAUGGAAGUAGCACUGCCAAGAAGGGAUGGGGGAGAAAUUCAAUUCAGUUUGUAUUUAAAGGCAAUCAUACAAAAUUCAGUGAACUAAAACACAGCCAUCCUUCCAAAUCAGCAUUACUCUGAAUUUUGCAAUGUAGUUCUUAGCUGUGUGAUGUGUACAAAAUUGCAUGUACUGGAGUAAACUGUGCAUAUAAAUGUAUAUAUUAGUAAAAAUAAAAUACAAAACAUGCAUCAUACUACAAAAAAUUGCUUUGCAAAAAUGUGUAUAUUGGGCAAAAAAAUCAUGCUAAAAAAUGUAACAUUAGGAGAAAUUCUCACCCAAAUGCUGAUGAAUUUUCUAAACUGAUGAAUUUUCUAAACUGAGAACUGAAUUUAAGAUUGGAAAAAUGAGAAAUUGAGAGAAACAGAAUUUGACCCCUCCACCUAUCCCUUUGUGCCAAUGCUAAAAUCAGCAUGUGAGACGCAUAUGUGAUCUUUUUGACCUAGUCACCCUCCUCCCGGUAUAGAAUGAGAAUGUCAUAGUCUCAUUUGCUUCAGAGGGCUGUUGGGAAACAUUAAUCUCUUUUCAUGGCUUUCAGAAAGCCCUGACAAUAUAGAUGAUUAUUAACCUUAGAAAGCAUGAAAAGAGACUGCUGUAACAUUUCAUUAUAAUCCUUGCUUUCUCCCUGCAGAACCUUGAAACAACAUGGCUUUUGUGCAAGAGUUUCUGAAACAGGCCUGGUUUAUUGAAAAUGAUGAACCACAAUACGUGGUAAGAUUUUUUUUUAUGUGCAUAAAAAAAGAAAAGUAGAAGACAGAGUUAAUCACACGGGGUCUGCAACAAAAUGUUCCAAUGUGGAAUAUGCUGCUGUUCAGGAUUCCUGCCAGCCAGCCGUCUGUACCAUUUCCCAGAAUGCAUUAUCCCACUCCCACUGCCAGCAUCAGGCAGCCAUUGGUCUAUAUCCACUAAACAAUGCUCAGUCUUCAUUGGGGUGUUUUCCCUUAAAUAUAUUUUAUACUUUUGCAAAUCUUGGGGUUUCCCUAAGUUUGCAAAUACAUCCCUCUUUGUGUGGGUGAUACCUUUUGGCCUGUGGGAGGAUUUUCUUUCAUAGUCAGAGAAUGACUUCGUAUUAGGGUGUCAACACAAAUAGAUUUCAGAACAUGGGUGUGGCAUGUCAAAGUGUCUUCCUAUAAGAGCCCCAGUGUUAUUAACAAGCACUAUUGCUGCUUAAGCAAGAGCCCCUUUCAUGCGCUGUCCAUCACUUGUUGGCCACACCCCCUUUGUCAUGUCCCUAUUUGCCUGUCUUUGCCACCUUCUAUGCAUGGGAAGAGAGAAGACAUCUGAAGGGAAAAGGUUGUUCUGUGCAUGUAGGUUCUUUGUACAUGAUCAUGCUUCUACAUUAUACAGGGAGCCUUCAGUUGUAGAGCAGGGUCUAAGCUUCAGGUCACUUUCCCCAGGCCAUUUUUGAGCUUCUUUUUAAUGGAAAAUUAAAAAGCAACAGGCAACAUGGGCAGCCAUACACCUGGAAUUUCCCAGACAUUUUACUGAUUUCUGCCCAGACACUGCUAGAGACAGCAGUAUUCAGUAUUCAGUAUAUCGGCUCUGGAUCCAUUCCAGUCCGGCUUCCGCGCUGGUCAUGGGACCGAGACGGCUCUGGUUGCCCUAACAGAUGAUCUUCGUAGACAGCUGGAUGGAGGCGGGUCGGGGCUGCUGAUUCUUCUAGAUCUGUCAGCAGCUUUUGACAUGGUCGAUCACGAACUUCUGGACCACCGCCUUGCCGACGUGGGGAUCCAGGGCACAGUCCUUCAAUGGCUGCGCUCGUUUCUCUCUGGUCGGGGACAGAGGGUGGCGCUUGGGGGGGAAUUGUCAUCGCGCCACUCCUUGGUGUGUGGAGUGCCUCAGGGUGCGAUACUCUCCCCGAUGCUUUUCAACAUCUUUAUGUGCCCCCUCGCCCAGCUUGCUCAGAGUUUUGGGCUGGGUUGCCAUCAGUAUGUCGAUGACACCCAACUCUAUCUGUUGAUGGAUGGCCAUCCUGACUCGGCCCCAGACACACUGACCAGAUGUUUGGAAGCUGUGGCUGGAUGGUUACGUGGGAGCCGGUUGAAGCUAAAUCCUUCAAAGACAGAGGUCCUGUGGCUGGGACGGGACGAUAUGGGAUUGGGGGGGCAACUCCCAUCUCUUGCGGGGGCGCAAUUAGUGCCAGCACCGUCCGUUAAGAGUUUGGGUGUAAUCUUCAACACCUCCCUUUCCACGGAGGCGCAGAUUGCAGCUAUAACAAAGGCGGCAUUUUUCCAUCUCCGCCAAGCUAAGCAGUUGGCUCCUUACCUCUCUCGCCCUGACCUAGCCACUGUGAUCCACGCGACGGUCACCUCCAGACUGGAUUAUUGUAACUCGCUCUACGUGGGGCUGCCCUUGAGACUGACCCAGAAACUCCAGCGGGUGCAGAAUGCUGCAGCGAGACUCCUUACGGGGUCUUCGCUGCGAGAUCAUAUUCACCCGGUGCUCUAACAGCUGCACUGGCUCCCGGUGGAGUACAGGGUCAGGUUUAAGGUGCUGGUUUUAACCUUUAAAGCCCUAUACGGCCUAGGACCCUCGUACCUACGGGACCGCCUCUCCUGGUAUGUCCCACAGAGGAACCUACGGUCUGCAAAUAAAAACAUCUUGAAGGUCCCAAGCCACAGAGAAGUUAGGCUGGCCUCAACUAGAGCCAGGGCUUUUUUGGCCGUGGCUCCGAUCUGGUGGAACACUCUGUCACAAGAGACCAGGGCCCUGCGGGACUUGACAUCUUUCCGCAGGGCCUGCAAGACAGAGCUGUUCCACCAGGCCUUUGGCCAGGGCACAGCCUGACUCCCUCCCUCGGCAAUCUUCGCGGAGCUCUGGCCCAAUGGUUGCCAGUGGCUUGAAUUAAUUAAUUUUAUAAUGAAUGAUUUUAGAGUGUUGUUUAUGCUGUACUUUUGUACUGUUUUAUUGUUGUUAGCCGCCCUGAGCCCGGCUUCGGCUGGGGAGGGCGGGAUAUAAAUAAAAUUUAUUAUUAUUAUUAUUAUUAUUAUUAUUAUUAUUAUUACUAUUAUUAUGUCCAGACAUAUGGCAAUGCUAUCCUUGUUACUCAUAAUUGUCCCUUAGAUCCAAGCCUUAAUUCUCAUUGAAAAUGUAGGGGCAAUAUGUCAAUGGAAUAACUGUAGCAUGCUAUAUAUAUAUUAUUUUGCAUCUUUUGGUAAUUUAUACUUCAAUUACCUGGUUCUAAAUGCAAUUCAUCCUGAACCUCAGAGGAUAGAAAAUUAAUGUAAAUGUAAGUUUCUCAUUCACUCCUUUUGUUUCAUUUAGAAAAAUACAAAAAGUGGCUCUGCAGUUCAUUCUUAUCCUAGCUUCAAUCCAUCUGCUGAUGCUGCCGCCCUGGAUAAGGCCAUAACAGCUAAAGGUAAGAUGGGCCUGUUCAUCAUGCACGUGGAAGCAGUUUGAAACUGUCCUCCAUCGACAUGCCCCUAAUAUAGUGAGGAAUACUAUUUUGAAGACCAGAUUAGAUCACCAGUCCUUUUUCCAAGGUUGUCAAUAGAAACUGAUUUUUCAUCCAAUUUGUUACCCCAGUCUUCUAAAUUGUUCUGGUAUGUCCAUCAUGGGAUUCAAAGAUCCUCCUUUAUCUGGCUGGUAUGUGUGAGGUUUUCCUACAAACUUUAGCCUCUGGCUGGAUAGUCUCCAGUUCCAAAGUUUGGUGGAAAAUUAGGGCUGAGUUGAUUUCUUUCUUACAGUUAAAAACCCCCAAAUUUUCCUAAUCCCAAUCUGAAUUGUUGGAGAAUUUCAGUCUUCACCUGGAGAAUAUUCAGCAAAAUGGGCUACCCAAUUUUGGCAAAAGUGUGCAUUAAGUUUAAAUAUUGUUUCAUCUUACACCAAAAUUGCUGAAUAAAUCAGUGGGUUUGACUUCCUAUUCUUCCCAGUCUCCUCCUUUCUCUGCUGAUGGUUGUUAGGAUGAAGAAAGUAACAGCUGAUCAAGCCAACAUUUCUCAGGAGAGGUUUCUGUGAAAAAACUUUUUAAAAAUCAUUUUUUUUUGGUUUUACAAAUACAAAGUUAUAAAUAUCCAAAUAUAUAUCCAUUCUGCCUCCUCCCUAUUCCAAUAAUUUUCAGUGGAACCCCCUUCCACACAUGGCUUCCCUACACUCAAAUAUCAUUUUUUACUAACCUUAAUGAAGAAUUCUCCCCUUUAAAUAGUCUGUAAACAUUCUUUUAAAAAUCUGUCAUUAUUUUCUCCUGGCUGCUGUUUCUUCCUCUUUUGCAUGAAGUGUUGUGAAGGGGCUGAUUUCACAGCUCUGCAUAGGACAUCAUAUAUAGCAGCAUGAUUAUAAAAUGCAGGGCAAGUAAGGACAAAACAUAAGUGAAUGGCUUAAGAAUGAGUAGUGAAAACCCAUCUUUUCAGCACCGCUGAAAAUGUUCAUGAAAAAAGUGACAUGGGCCAGUUAUGGCUGAAACUUUAUUUGUAUCUCAGUAUUAUAAUUAGAAAAAAUGAUCUGCACACAGUGAUACAACAGCUUACAAAUACUUCUUCUUUGCAUUUCAGGAGUUGAUGAAGCAACCAUCAUUGAUAUUUUGACCAAGCGAAACAAUGCCCAACGCCAGCAGAUCAAAGCUGCCUACCAGCAGUUAAAGGGAAAGGUACAGCUGCUAAUAAAGGAUCACCCUGAAGAACUAUCUUGUAUAUACAUGUUUGCAUUUUGAAGAUCAUGAUGCAUUGUUUUAGAAAAAGGAAUCGACAUUUUAAAAUCUUCAUGGUUUUUGGUUGUUAGAAUAUAGUUUGAAGAGGUGGAUGUCAAUGUGUCCCAGAUUUGGCAUGGGGGAGGGAUAUUGCCCCCCCCCCCAGCACCAUGGUUCUGAUUUGAACGGAGGGCCUUUCCUUGGCUUCUUUAAAUUGUGUUUUUUUAAUAAAAGAAUCUGAAAGGGAUAAUGCCAUGCCACUUUCUAACCAUAAAUGAAUGAUAAAUGAAUGAGGAACAACUGAAGGCAGAUUCCAUCAGCACCCGUGAGAAUGGGGUAUAGAGGAAGCUAUGGCCAAUUUCAAGUGGGGGAAAAAAGGCUUUUCCUGAAUGUGUGAGGUUUCUGUACAUGGCAAUGAGCCUGUUUAAGAUGGCAUUACAAGUUUAAUAGACACAAGUAUAUGGAGUGUUUGAAGCUUGAACAAUAUUCUUCUUGGCAGAGAGGGAAUUGUUCUCAAAGGGGGGAAGUAGAUUAGAUAUUUAUUUUAUAAUCCAAAUAACUCUUUAAAUGGGUAGUUUACACUUAUGUGCUUUCGGUUACAGCCCCUGGAAGAUGCUUUGAAAAAAGCACUUAAAAGCCAACUAGAAGAUGUUGUCCUGGGUUUGCUGAAGACUCCAGCCCAGUUUGAUGCUGAUGAGCUCAGGUACGCCAUGAAGGUAGGUCUCUCUGCUGACUGGGAUAAGCUGGGUCUUGUACCCAAGCAAGAGCUGGUCUUCAGCAUUAUUGAGUCAAAAACAAAUCUAAUAAGUGUGUAUAACCUCAAGUGUGAGAGUGGAGCAGGGCCAAGAAGCUCAUUGGCUCCACUCAUUUACAGGUCAGUUACAGGCAGAAAUAUUGUUGUGUAAACUGCAUAGGUAGAUUGUGGCUGACCAUUUCUUCUUUCUGGUCUCUGUGGUUGUUGCCCAACCCUUCACCAUGAGAUUCCAGGGUGAUUUACAAUAGUUUAUAAAUACAGUAGUAAAAUCAGUUAGAACAAAUUACAGUCAAGAGAACAGGAUGGGUCCUAAAUAUAUACCUUUUACCUUUACCUUACAUACAGUGCUUUUUCUGGGGGACGCAGGAACAGUGGCAAAGCUGAAUGCACGCUGCCCAUCCCGGGUACACCGGCUGCGAGGGCGUGACGCGCGUUCUGGGGGCAUGAUGCGCUGCCCGUGAGGCUGUGAUGCCCGGGUUGGGGGAUGCACAGUGCGUGUCCGGGGGGCCGUCGCCAUGGCCCCCUACUGGAAUAGUGGCGCUGGGGGCAGCCCACUCCCUCUGCACUCCCUUUCCUCCGCCAGUGCGCAGGGGUGCGCAUACCCCUAAACACUUUGUGAAUCUAAGUUUGGCCUCAUUGAGGAGCAGCAUUUCAUUAUGAGUAGAUAUAUAUAUAUAUAUGGUCAUAGCUUGGUUGCUGAACACAUUGGAACUCGUAUGUUUCGGCUCCCAAACAUCAAAACCCAGAAGUGACUGUUCUGCUUUUUGAAUUAUUUUCGGAAGCUGAACAUCCGAUGAGGGACACUCCUGCAGCCAAUCAGAAGUCGUGCCUUGGUUUUUGAAUGGUUCCAGGAGUCAAAUGGACUCCCUGAAUGCCUUCUGUUUGAGAAAGGUACAACUGUAUACAUGUACAUAUGUAUGCAUCUCCAGUGCCAAAGUUCAGGGUAUGGAAACUACAGAAUGAAGGAGCCAGACUGAUGUCUGGGGUGGUGGAUUAAAUAGCUUAGCACAGAGAAUGUUCUAUUUUGGGCCAGCCCCACAAACUUUGGAGAGCAGUGGAACUAUCAAGAGGCCCCCUCUCUGCCAAUCCUACUGCCUGAGAGGGAUUAUAGGAAAGGCAGCAGUCUUUCAGAUAUUAUAUAUUAGGUUCCAUGGACUUUGGGUCGCCAGAUGACAUUGAACUCAAAUUUCCAUCAUCCCUGACCAUUGGCUAAGCUGGCUGGGGAUCACGAGAGAUGUAGCCCAACAACAUAUUGGCCCCCAAGGUUGAAGAUAAAACUCUUCUUUUGUGAAUGCAUGACAUGGCUGUGAUUUUGACUGGAUAUACCACCUGUUCCUUUAUUGUUCUGGGUCCUUUAUGCACUUUUUAGAUUAAAGUCAUUUUAGAAGAAUACAUAUUAUUGACUUACUUCCAUACAGGGUCUUGGAACUGAUGAAGACAUUUUAAUCGAGAUUAUGGCAUCAAGGAACAACAGAGAAAUCAAGGAAGACAACAGAGCAUAUAAUGAAGGUAAUUUAGUGUUUGGGUUUGUCUGUUUAAACUCAAUAUAAAAUGCUAUGCAAGGGGGAGAAUAGAAUGCUCAGAGCUGCUUUCUUUGUCAAUGUAUCUUAAGAUAGAAAAAUCAACUUCUUGCAUUUUGUUCAGGGUAUAGAACUAAGAGCAAUGCAUGUAUCUGGCCUUGUGCCAUUCUUGGAACACAGACAGCAAUCUAACAAUCCAGUGUUCCAUCCACUGUGAUCAUGGCUUGUAGGGAACUAGACUAUAUGCUGAACUCUCCUCUCCCCACUCAACCCUUCAGUUUUAAACUGUGAGGCAAAGCCGUUGAACAGCUACUAAGCUGCAAAUGUUUGUCUACAUGGAUAACGUUCCACUAACUCUAUAAAAAUGUGUGUGAAAAUUAUGCCACACCAACAAGAAAAUAAUGUCUGGGUAUGCAUAUGCUUCUGUAAUUGGUGAUAUUACCUUUCAAAUGCCUUGUUAGAAGGAUCAUGUAGGCAAAUCACACCUAUUUCCCCCUGUCCCUCUCUUCUUCUUGCCCCCCCUCCCCAGUCUCUCAAAUGAAGGAAGCACUGGGACUCUUCACAUGUCAUUUGCAGGUCCUCUUUGCAAAAAGACAGAAAUAAAAACACAUUGAGGCUGUGAUUCUAUGCAGUAGCAGCUCAUGUGGUGGAGGAGGCUGUGGGGCUGCCCUCCUGACUUACUGGCUACGCAGGUGUUGUGCUCGUGGGAGUUUUGAAUUGGCUCAUUCAAAAAUGACCUCACUGCCAUGCCACCCCAGCCUUUUCUGGUAAGUUUAGCAGUGCCAGGGGUGGGGGCUCCUAGGCUCUGCUCCCCCACUGGACAAAGUGAGACAUGUGUCUAAGCAAGCAUGCAUAGGACUGUGCUAUAGGAUUUCCAAUGGAAAUCUGUCACUGGGUGUAAAACGUCAGUCAGUAAACUAUGGAAUGAGAAAGUUAUCUCACCACAAUGAAUAUUUUAUUGUUAAAAAAUGGAUUUCAAAGGUUUAUUUUAAUUGCUUUGUACUUUUUGCAGCUUAUAAGAGGGAUCUUACCAAAGACAUUGUCUCAGAUACAUCUGGAGCCUUCCAGAAGGCUUUGGUUGCCCUAGCAAAGGUAUGCACAAUUUGAAUUUUUGAGAACUAGAAGUUAAUGUUUGUUUGCUGGUAGGAAGCCAGGAUUAUAGUCUGCAAAGUGGUAACAGGUGAACUUGAUCUUUUGCAGGGUGACCGUGAUGAAAACCCUCAUGUGAAUGAAGAGCUGGCCGAUAAUGAUGCCCGGGUAAGAGCAGGCUUGUGUACAUUCUGAAUGUCCUCCCCUCCAGGCCCACAGAAGCACAAGCUUUUCCCUCUUGCCAAGGACUAAUAAGAGCACCAGAUCUAUUUCAUAGUGCCAGAGCUCUGUUAUCUAUCCUGCCACUCCCCUCAAAGCACCAAAUAAUUUAUUAAUUUUUCAUUAAUAAAAUCUCAGGACUCACAAAGAGAUGGUUCUAACGUAGGGUUGACAUAUUUCAAAAGGUGAAAAUCUGGACACAAAAGUUGUUGAUUUUUUUUAGUUUUGCAAGAUCUCAAAAAUAAAAAAUAAAAAUGUUUUUGAGCUAUUCUUAAGGGAGUUCACCAAAAUCUACACUUCCAACAUGGGUUGCACUAUGUCUGGAUUUUCCUGGACAUUAAAGCAAUUUCCACCCGGACACUGUUUCUGACAGCCGAAUCCUGGCAAUGUCCAGGAAAUUCUGGAUGUAUGGCAACCCUAGAAUGUAACGGAAAGAACUAGGUUCCACAUGACCCCCCCCAUUAAACAGACCUCCACCAAGUCUUGGAGGAAAGGCAGGGCUGGGCCUGACUGAGGCACAGGCCUGCGGUGAUCUGAUGUGAGGCAGGGCUGGGUCCCUUCCCUUCUGUGUAGCCUUUGUGCCCCAGGAGUUCAUUCAUGGCGGGGGGCGGGGGGGAGAAGAGUGUUCUAGGCCACAUGCCAUAAGUUUCUACCUGGGCACAGCAUGGCUUAGCAUUAGGUGCAAACAAGGGUAAGGGUGUGUGUGUGUGGGGGGGAGAGAGAGAGAGAGAGAGAGAGAGAGAGAGAGUUAUACGAGUGGGGAAAUGGUCAACAAGGAAAUAAGCAACUCCUUCCAUUCCACCAGCUCUCAGCCAUAGUGUAUAUGUGAUUCUGUGGUUCACUUAACUGCAGGAAUCCUAAGGUACUGUCAAUUUACAGAAUGGACAGAAAAUCAUUUGACCUGCAGAUUAAAUUCUGCUGUGCAGUUGUUUGCUUUUGACUGAAUCGGAUUAUACACAAUAUUUCGGACUCCCACACUACAUAAUCUAAUUUAUUCCCACAGGCCUUGUAUGAGGCUGGAGAAAGAAGAAAGGGGACUAAUAUUGAUGCUUUCAUUGAUAUCCUCACUACAAGAAGCAUGCCACACCUCCGAAGAGGUAGGUAGAAAGCCAUUUAAUGCUGUACUUCAGUCAGGAAUUGCUUCAGCCGCUUUGGUGUUCUGUGAGGACAAAGCAUAACAGCAAAGUGCAAAAUAGUGACUGCUUAAGGAUAAACAGAGGAGCCCCCACAGCUUUGUUAAUAAGUCUGCAUUUCCACACUACAGUUGGCUGCUUCUAAAGUAACAAAAGCUGUUUUGAAAGAGUAACAUAGGACAUUGUGCUGUCAGCAUUCACAGAACUUGCAUGAAAAUUGCAUAUCUCAUGGCAAGCACAGCCUUACAUUUCCCCUCACACCCUUGUUUUCAGUUUUCCAGAAAUACACCAAGUACAGCAAGCAUGACAUGAACAAGGCUUUGGACCUGGAGCUGAAGGGAGACAUUGAGAAUUGCCUGACAGCAAUUGGUAUGUGACCCUGUUCCAUAGUUAAAACUCUGUUUCUUAGUUCUGUCCCCCCUUAUAUAAAAAGUAUUAUUAGGCGAACAAUAGUGUGAUCCUGUCUACUCAGAAGUAAGUCCAACUGAGCUCAGCCUGACUGUAUAUAGUGAUUUGUGAAAUUCACAUUACUUGCCUAAAAAAUUUCAUGGAGGAUGCAGUGGGUGUAGGUGUGCGGAGACUAUUAUUAUUAUUAUUAUUAUUAUUAUUAUUAUUAUUUAUUUGCAUUUACGUAUCACCUUUCUGUCAAGGCACCCAAGGCUUGCAAUUUGUGUUUAAUUAACUCCCAAUGGUGACUAAAGCCCAUUGAGUUUGAAGUCUUCAGAAUCUGUAUCUGUUCUUCCCCUCAUAUCUUGUUUGUUAUUUUGCUGUCAUAAAUAAUCACAGUUCUGUUUGAUUUCCAGUGAAAUGUGCCACAAGCAAGCCAGCUUUCUUUGCGGAAAAGCUCCACUUGGCAAUGAAGGUAAAAUAUACUUUAGUGGCAGAACUUUUGCUCUAAAGGGGUAGGCUAAAAUCAGAGUCCCUAGGCAAGGAAGCCCAAGGUCUGGCCCUCUUUAUGAUGAAGGGGGUAAUUUAAUCAGUGGAGCAUUCCCAAUAGGACCGGCCCAAUAUAAUAUAGUAUAUUACUUAGGCAAGUAAUGUGUGUGUGUGUGUGUGUGUGUGUGUGUACACACACACACACACACACACACACACACACACGACAUUUUUAUGUAUCCCCGCACCCUGAGAAUAUUGAUCAAAAUAGUCCCCCUCCCAGCUUCUGACAUGUGAAUCAAGUUGACAAUGUCUGGAACAGCUGUGGCUCCAGUCCUAGUUGAGCUGAAAUUUAUCAAAGAGAACGAGAAAUUAUUGGUGAUCCUGGGCCUGUUCUGGAAUUCUACUACUUCCAGAGAACAUUUGGUGAAUCCCUCCCACCCCAAUGUUAGCGCUAGCAUGUGGGGAGCUCUGAAACGGGGCUUUGGGGGAUGCGGGUGGGGUGCCAGUAGUUUAUUCAAAGGAUACGGCCAAAGGACAUUAUUCACUGCAGAGAAGCAAAUGUUCUUGCACCUUCACUUUAAAAACUGAUGUUACAAUGUGUUCAUAACACCAUUUUGAAAAAUAAAUAUGCAGGAACAUUUGUUUGCCUGCAGUGAAUGCCCUUUAUCCUUUUAAGAGCUGCGGUGAUAGAACCAGGAAAGUCUGGCAAGCAGCGCUAAGCCAACUACAAUCAAAAUGCCUAUAUUAAAGUUUUAUUUAUUUAAUUACAUUUAUAGUCCUCUUUUCACCCUGUCAUGGAACACUGGGAGGCAGACAUGUGACUCCCAGGCAGUGACCUAUCCAGGCACUGACCAGCCACUUGUUUAGCCUUAGGGUGGUGCUGGCCUCAUCUGCCAACGGACUACAGUAUAUAGUGAAUUUACUUCCAUUUAUUUUUAACAGGGUUCUGGAACACGCCACAGAACUCUGAACAGGAUCAUGGUGUCACGUUCUGAGAUUGACAUGAAUGAGAUCAAAGGAUUCUACAAGUCAAUGUAUGGCAAAUCCCUCUGCCAGGCCAUCUUGGUAUGUAACUUUUUAAAAGUGCAGUAAACUUAAAUUGCACUAAACUUGAUUGAGUGGCUAAAGAGUUAGGUCUGGAGCUCUGACAGGUUGGCUUGCAAAUGUAGAUCCUGACUUGUUUAUGUAUAUAUAUUUAUCUAUUCCUGUUGACAAACUACUUUUGGGGCUUCCAAACAGUUAUGUAGCAUCAAGGCUGCAAUCUAGGCACAUUUAUCUAGAAGUCCCAUUGAACUCAGUGGGACUUGCUUCUGAAUAGAUGCACACAGGGUUUUGCUGUAAGACUCCCUUCGAUGUCACACAACUGCAUCUUGUAGGUAUGCACUGCAUUCUGAGUAGCCCUGUUUAAGAAACCUAGCAGUCCUUCCUUCUUAGCUGUUACUGGCUGGGCUACAAUACGAUUUUCACAGCUUGGGUACAGUCUCUCAAUAUAGCUCCAGAAUCUCCACCCCUCCAAACUUGGGAGAAUACUCCAUUGCUUUCAGUGGAGCAGCAUUAGCAAUGAUGUAUGUUCAGUGCCAUGAACUCAGGAUGAGCCAGGACACUUUCCUCUUUGUGAAGCUGCCAUCAGCCCCAUGGAAACAAGCCCUCUCCAGCCACUUGUUUGUUCACAUUAUUGAAGUCAGCCCUCCAUCAGCGUCCCUGCUGUCCUCCAUGAGCUGAAGAGGGGCCCCUUGUAGCAGGGCUCUUCCUCUACUCAUGUAGCCUCCUCGUGAUGUUCUGGAUCUAAAACAUCACAUGAAGAGGUCAGAGGGGAAAGGUAUUGUGUGAGCAUAGCAGGAAAGCUCUUCUUAUUACUGUACUUCAUUAUAUUAUGUCUAGCAGUAGUAGACUGUUUUCUUGGACACAUAACAUGAUUCUUCUUUGUUCUUCCACAUCUAGGAUGAAACAAAAGGUGAUUAUGAAAGUAUUCUGGUGGCUUUGUGUGGUGGUGACAACUGAGCUCCAUAUCUUUUGGAUACUCUCCAGCCUUGAGGAUAUCAUUCCUUUUAAACUCCAACUGUUAAAUAUAUGUGUACGUAAUGAAGGCGCUUAGAGUAAUAGCCAAGUUAGACUAUUGUUCAGUCUUGAUACCUUGAAAAACUGUAGCCUGGAAAAAUACUCUUUGUUGCUCUUAAUUUCUGAGGCAUUAUCAUCUUUUUUAGUAUUUAUCCUAAGCCAAAGAACAUCUAUGUUUGCUUUUACAUACCUAGUCAAUGUAAAAGGUAAAGAAAGUGCCUGAACAGGCCUAAGUAACAUUCCAAAUAAAAUUAACCUGUGAUAUAC